AUGGCGAGAACUGGUACUAAUUCUGACCCCAGCUUGGCAAAAGGAAUCCAGCUGGAAGGAUGCGCGAGUCAACGAGAUACGAACCCAGAAAAGCCGCUCGGUGAUUCCGAUGCCCUCAAAAACCUCGACCCAACUUUGGAGAAUUAUGCUGCCAUCAUGGCAACCAAUAAACCAGAUACCUGGGGUCCUGGCUACAUCAGACUAUAUCUUCUCGCGGGAACCAUAUUCCUUUGUUCUACCAUGAGCGGGUUCGACAGCUCGCUCAUGGGAUCAAUCAAUGCUUUACCAAACUAUACUGAGUAUUUUGGGCUUCCUGUUAACGGAAACGCGUCAACGGGGAUUGUGUUUGCCAUCUUUCAGGUUGGGCAAAUUGCGGGUGCUCUGUUCGUAUGGCUCAUAGACUGGUAUGGUCGGAUCUGGCACAUCUUCUUCGGCUGUCUAGGUGUGAUAAUAGGGACCAUCGUUACUGGUACAGCAACAAGCCUGCCUACUUUCAUUGCAGGGCGGUUUCUCCUUUCCUUAUUUGCCACAUUAACUACAACAGCGGCACCCUUAUACCUUGUAGAGAUCUCACCUGCCAGCGCACGCGCGACAAUUGCUGGAACAUUCAACACCUUCUAUUAUGUUGGUUCCAUCCUGGCAACAUCUUCCGUCUAUGCUUGCCAUAAAUAUCUCGCAGACCAAGGAGAUCUUGAUUGGCGCAUCCCUAUCUGGCUCCAGGCUGUCUGUGCAGGCUUAGUUCUCCUAGUGAUCAAGUUCUUUCCGGAGUCGCCACGUUAUCUUAUUCUCAUCGACAAGCAAGAGCAGGCACGGCGGAUAAUCACCAAGUACCAUGCAAAUAACGACCCUAACCACCCGCUGGUGGAAUUUGAGAUGAAAGAAAUGCUAGGCAAUAUCCAGGGAACAUCUAAAUCGACUUGGAAAGACCUAUUCGAUCUAAAAGUGCUUGUGGAAACGAAAUCAAGUCGAUACAGGCUCAUGCUUAAUAUGACGUUUUCGUGGUUUGCUCAAUUUAGCGGAAAUAACAUAAUAUCAUACUAUCUCCCUGUAAUGCUGGACGCAAUUGGCGUAAAAGAUACAAAUACCAAGCUUAUAUUGAAUAUCAUCUAUUCAGUCAUUGGGUGGAUCUUCUCUACAUGCGGCGCUCGUUUACAUGACAUCGUUGGUCGUCGGAAGAUGUUUAUGGGAAGCACAUUCGGCAUGGCUAUCUGUCUUGCAUUGGUGGCCGCUGGAAGUGCAGGCAAGAUCGAGUAUAACAACACUGGUGCUGCUGUUCUAGCCAUAGUGUUUAUCUUUGUGUUUGGUGCUGUCUUCUCGGGAGCUUUCACACCCAUGCAGCCCGUAUAUCCUGCGGAGGUCGUCUCUAACAAAAUGCGAGCCAAGGCGAUGGGUGCCUACAAGAUUACUUCAGGCGCAGCGGGUUUCCUGAAUACUUUCGUUACCCCUAUUGCCUUAUCGAGCAUAGGUUACUGGUUCUAUGUAUUCUUCGCUCUUUGGGAUACCUUUGAAUUCGCAUUCAUAUACUUCUUCUUCGUUGAGACGAAAGGGUUGACACUAGAACAACUAGAUGUUAUUUUCGGGGCCGAUAAUCCCCGGAAGGCUAGCGUGGAAGCAAAGAAGAAGCUGCAAACUAUGUAUAAGGAAACGGCGAUAAGGGACAAGACUGCCGUGUAG